GGGGAAAAAACAAACACUUGCGAUGUCGGACGGCGGCGGAAAUGGAGACGGUGCCACUGCCGCUUUGAGAAUCCACAGCCACCGUGACCGCGAAAUCGAAGAAGCAGGAGAUUCAACCGGCGGUGUAGACUCAAUCAGCUCUCUACCUGAUGUGAUCCUCCAAAGCAUACUCUCCUCUCUUCCGACCAAUCUCGCCAUCACAACUUCCAUCCUGUCCAAACGAUGGAGGCAUGUAUGGUGCGAUACACCUUCCCUCUCCUUCUAUCACGAGAUUCCUAUGCCGGAAGCUGAUUCGAUAAACAAAACCCUAGAUCGCUACACGGCUCGCAAGAUGAUGAGUUUCGACCUCUGUGCCAACAUGAGUGGCUAUAUUCCUCACAUUGACAGAUGGAUCGAGUUCGCCACGUCCCGAAACGUGGAGAAUAUGCGGCUCAACUUCGGUGUCACUAGUGCCGUUGAGAUUCAUGUUCCUGAUUUCUUCUACAUCAAUAACUCCGUGAAGAAACUCGAUGUUGGUUUAUGGUUUUAUGGUUUGAGGAUUCCCAGUUGUUCCGUCUCUUUUACAUCUCUAAAGAAGCUGUCCUUGCGUUGUUGCAAGGUCUCUGACGAAUGCAUUGAUAAGAUUCUAUCUGGCUGCCCUGUUCUUGAAAGCUUAAAGCUGUUUCUCUGCGAUGAACUUAUGGUUCUUGAUCUCAGGAAAUCGCUGCGUCUAAGAACAUUAAAACUCGAGCGCGGCAUUGAUUUACCUGGUCCGACGCAGAUUUUUGCACCGCAUAUUCAUUCUCUCAGAUUGAAAACCUCUCAGUUCCCAUCAUGUGAUUUAGUUGAUGUCUCGUCCUUAGCCGAAGCUAGUCUAGAAAUUAGCUUUUCCUCAUUUGAAAGACUAAGGGCUGAUUUACUUCAAGUCAUGGUGCUAAAGAUGCUACACAAGUUGCAGAAUGUAGACAAGCUUACCUUCGGAGCAAACUUUCUUGAGAUUUUAUCUCUUGCCGAGCUCCGCCGUGUUCCUUUUCCGAGCUUCAAGGUCAAAGAUCUGACGUUUGAGACAAUGGUCUCUCAAAAUGUAAUGUCUGGCUUAGUAAGGGUGUUACAAAAUUCACCUGAAUUGAAGAAGCUAACAGUACGCACAACGGAUUCCGGCACCAUACCGAGGACGCAGAUUGACAACUACUUGGAUUCGCAAGGCUUGAUUCCGGAUCAAUGCUGGAGCUCGGAAGCGAGGGUCGUCGAGAAGGUUUUCUCGUUCAUGGAGCUCAUGCUUAAGAGCACAAAGACAUUAAAGAAGAUGGUCGUAACGUUGGAAGGUUAUCUUGAAGGAAGAGGUUUCCAAGAGUUGCUUGAGAUGGUUCCCAUGCUUUCUCACAACAACAACAAUGUCUCCAUUGUGCUUAGGAGCUAAACCAAAUCUAAUAAGAGGAAAAAAAAAAAAUAAAAGAAGAAAAUUUAUGUUUCCGGUGCCAUUGAUUGACCCGACCCGCCGAUAUUCAGUAUUUAUAAGCCCAAUCCCUGCAGUGGGCCGUGGCCCGUAUUGACACCUUUACUUCCAACAUAACAUAUAGGGUUUCUUUUCUCAGUUUCUUCUCACACUGCCGCAGCAAUCGCAAAUCAAACAAGAGUAUGGCGCAAGAAACUGCAAACAAGAUGGAAGAACCUACGAACGCCUUUAAUUUUAAAGAAGAAAGGCAAGUCGAUAUAUGGCUCAAAGCAGGGGACCAAACUGAUGCAAUCCCCGCCAACAAACUUAUGCUGGCGGCAAAAUCGAAGGUGUUUAGGAACAUAUUUGAAUUAGGUGAUUGCAAAGCUUUGUGGAACGAGACAGUCACUCUUUCAGAGAUAACACAUGAUGAGCUAGAGACGUUUCUCGAGUUCAUAUACAAGGGUUCGCUUCCGGAUACAAAACUGGUGCAGCACGUCCAUAUACUCUACGAAUCUGCAGACAAGUACGAGAUCCCAUGCCUCCAGGACCUCUGCAGAAACCAGCUCAUCAUCUCCAUGAACUCAUCAAAUGCAUUUGAUGUCCUCGAGCUUGCAAGGAUUCACUCGGACCAGAUCCUCGAAGAUGCAGUCUCUGAGUUUAUGGCAUCACACAUGGAAGAGAUUGCCUUCUCGAGUAAGUUCAUGUCGUUUGUAGCGAGUAAUCCGGCUCUUACUGUUCAAACCAUAAGGGGUCAUGUGAACAAACUCAAGAAAGAGCUCCAGCGCCAACAGAAUGAAGCAGCGGUACAGGCAGUGAUAAAUGCAGUCAGGAACUGCCUGCCAGCUGGGUGAAAGCAAUGAUCCACAGAGCUAGAUUGACCCACUUUUCUUUAGUCUCGCAAGUUUGAUAUAUAUAUCUUCCUUAAACAAGGUUCUGUGUUGUGUAAUGAACAGAUGUCAAAAGAUGAUAAGAAACUAUUUCUAACUUUUACAUGUUAUUAUCUUCAGGCCAGACCUUAAGUACUUAUAUUUGACUAGCUCUUAGAUUUUCCCAUGAUCCAUGGAAAAGGAGAUUAUGGACACC